CCUGGCCCUCGCUGCCGCCCGGGCCGGCCCCAUGGCUGGGGGCGCCUGGCCUGCCUUGCAGCCGCGCUCCGUAACGGAGCCCAGAUCCGCUCGCAAUGCCUGAGGCUGCUGUUUGCAGUUACCGCCCUGGCAUCCGGAGGAAGCCUCCUCGGUCAGCCUUGUUCUGAGCCGAGUUGCUGGUUGAAGCUCUGGAGGGAAGGAGUUUACCGAGGGGACGCCCUUGCAUUUCAUGUUUCGUCAGCCCGACAGCAUCUUGGCUUUGAAACCAUCUUGCACCUACCUGUUUCCGGACAGUGACAGGGAGAAGAGGCACCAUCCUGCCAUGUCCCGCUACAGCCUCCACAACCUCCUGGACUGGCUGUACGGUGGUGUGGACCCCAGCUUUGCUGGCAACGGAGGGCCAGAAUGUGCUGCCUUCCUCUCUGGGCAGCAGCGGCUGUUGGAGAGCUUGGUCUUCCUCAGCGUGGGUUUCGUGGAGAUCUUCCUGUCCUUGUGGAAGCUGAGGCAGCUGCAUUCCAGGGAGCUGGAGGGUCAUCUGCUACAGCAGCCCCAGGCUAAGCAGGAGAGCUUGGGCAAGAAUCUGCUGCUGGUGGCUCUCUGCCUCAUCUUUGGGCUGGAGGUGGGCUUCAAGUUUGCUACCAAGACUGUCAUUUACCUGCUGAAUCCCUGUCAUGUAGUCACUAUGAUGCAGAUUUUUCUCCUUGCCUGUCCUCCAUGUCGGCUCGCAAUGAUUCUUUUCAGGUUACAGAUGCAUAUGUUAAAUGGGGCCCUCUUGGCACUGCUGUUUCCAGUUGUUAACACACGCCUGCUACCAUUUGAAAUGGAAAUUUAUUACAUACAGCAUGUGAUGCUCUAUGUUGUGCCCAUUUACCUGCUGCGGAAAGGAGGUAUCUACACUCCAGAACCACUCUCCAAUUUCUGGUGGGCAUUUCUAUCUACUGGGCUUAUGUUUGUGUACCAUUUUAGCAUCUUGCAGAUUCUGGGAUUGGUCACAGAAGUGAAUUUGAACAACAUGUUAUGCCCAGCCAUCUCAGACCCUUUUUAUGGGCCCUGGUAUCGAAUCUGGGCAUCUGGACAUCAGACUGUCAUGACCAUGACUCAUGGGAAACUUGUAAUCCUGCUGUUUUACAGUGCUCUCCCCAUCUUUAAAUGUAGCAUGGACUUGUUUAGAUUCCCCACUAAGAAAAUAGACUGAAAUUUCUCCUCAGGAAAUAGUACAUAGAGAAAGCAGAGGCACUUAUACUGAAAAAGAAAGAGGAGGGAUGAGAGGACAGUGUGUUUAUACUUCUUCCUACAGUUUAUUGCCUCAAAAACACCUUUGUAAUCAAGUGAGCAUUUUUUUUUCUUUUAACUGCUGUUUCUCACUGUUAAUUGCCAAUGGCAAAAUUAGUGGCCUUAUUCUGGAAAUGAAUCGUGUUUUAUACAUUUUGUGUAAGUUACAGUGGCUAAGCCACCCUUUAAAAUUAGGCCCAAUAUCUGUCCACAUUCCAGCGAAGAGAGUGUCAGUGCUACCUCGUUUUAUGACUUCUUUUUCUACUAAUCAUCAGUACACUUACAUCCCAGGACAGGAACUAAAGCUGAAUUAUAAUUCACCACUGAUAAGAACAGAGCAUAUCUUCAAGUGCAUCAUCCUGUCUUAGCUCUUAGUGCUUGAAUGUUAUAAAACAGUCACAGUGAAGAAAUGUACACUGACUCUCCCAGCAACAAGUGUGAAACAUUGAGAUUCUACUGUAUUUUCAUAAGGCUGGUUGAAAAUAUUGGAAAAUAAUAACAAUAACUUGUUACAACAGUAACAACAAAAAUUGCUGUAAAUGAAACCUGUGUUUUAAGUGACUACUUUAUUUCUAAGCUGCUGUGGAUUAAUAUCUGACUAGGUCCCAUUGUAUCUUAAGGUUUUGGAGAUGUUUUUAUUUGAGUGACUGGAAAAAACUCCAAGUUGAAACUAUUUCAAAAAGCUGUAGAACAUCUAGGCUAAAAUAGAUAUUUCAUCCACUGUUCUGACUUGCUUUUGAACAAAAUGGUUAUUGACAUUUAGCUUAGAUGGAGAGAGAGUCGAGAUACAAAGCCCAAUGUGAACAUCAGAUUUUUUUUGGUGGUGGUGGUUGUUUUGUUUUGUUUUUAACUUGCUAGCUUUGGAAACAUUCCUGUUCUGUACUCUACACUGAUCCUCAGUGAGGGAAGAAUUUUUUUUUUAUUUCUUUACACUUAUAAUAUGCUGUAUAUACUGAUUUAAAAACAUAGGCAUAAAAAGGAGAGCUAAAUAGGUCCACCUCUUUAGCCACCACUGGGGAGGUGGUGUUUCAGGUCAGUACUAUGACUGCAUUUACACUAAGAGAGAAACUUCUUUUUGAUGCAUAUUUAGGAGUAGAAUGGGAUGCAGGCAGGCAGCAAUUUAAAAAGUGAAAUGUGCGUGCCUCUUCACAUUUUCUAAGUCUAGAGGGAGAAAUUUGGGGACAGAAAGAGGGGGAAUCAUGACCUGUAUAUAUUCAGCUAGUUACUUCUAAGUCCAUUCUUUGGGCAGACUGUAUUUCAGGGCUGCAGAAAUUUUGUUGUACAGAAAUUUAUAGUUUCCUUUCAUUGUAUUGUUGUAGCUGUGACUUGUAAUAUAAAUCAAAACCAUCAUACCUCCUCCUUCAGCUCAGUCACCUGAAGAUCUAUUCUGAAGUUAAGGUACAGUCAUGCAUACCUCAAGAAGGA